AUGCUCACUACCACCCUCACCUCCGGCCUGGCUACUAUCCUUGUUUGUGCUCAUUCUGUAAAUGCAGCACCCCAAGCGAUGAGGCGUUCAACUCCCGAGCUGAGCCUGACAGCUCAACUGCAACUUGCCGACACUGCCGUUGAUCGUUACAACCUCUUGCCAAAGGAUGAAGAUUUCGUCUUCGACUUCACCAAAAGCGAAGCCCCAUUCGCGAAUCGCAAGAACUUCCCUGCCCUAGUCGGCACCGGAACAUCUUUCAGCGUGAGCCAAUUGCCAGCAUGCAGCAUGGCCUACCUCCACCUCCACCCCCGAGCCAGCGAGCUCUUCGUCAUCAACUCCGGGCGCGUAAUCAGCCAGAUGGUACCAGAAGCUGGCGUCCUAGACACCGAGGGCAAACAACGAGUGAUCCACGCAGAGCUAGGGCCGGGCAUGAUGACAAUUUUCCCCGCUGGCUCAUUCCACAUCCAAGUCAACCCGGACUGUGAGCCGGCUAAUUUCACGGCGGCCCUUACCUCUGAGGAUUUUGGGAUUGGAUUGGUUGCUUCUCAGACUUUUUCGUUUAGUGAUGAUGUGAUUGCUGGUACUUUUGGGCAGAGUGUUGCGGGUGAGGAUAUUGAUAAAGUGCGGAAUGCUAUUCCUGGGGAUGUGGUUAUUAGGGUUGAGGAGUGUUUGGCUAAGUGUGGGAAGGAGAAGCGGAGUGUUUAG